AUGACUGAAAAUACGCAGCAAUUUGGUUCAAGAGAUGUUGGACAUAUGAGCGGAAACAACGACCAUACCAUCCAAUCAAUACAGCAACAACUUUCUAAGUUGACGAGCUUUGUUCGCAAGAUGGUCGUGGAAAAAUCCAACCCGAGUGUCCAGGUCAAGGCGUGCGGAAUAUGCACGAGUACAGGACACCCUACAGAUAGAUGUCAGACCCUCCAAGAAGAAUGUGCAGUGGAUGUGAACGCUGCAAAAUACGGUAUGAAUAGACCUCCAGCGUACAAUCCAUACUCCAACACCUACAAUCUAGGCUGGAGAGAUCUUCCAAACCUGUGGUAUGGAAACUCACACCAGAAUCAUGGUCCUCAACCAUUUGGAGGCACACAUCAGAUGCAACAGCCUCGCCUUUACGAGAAACAGCUCCCCCAAGCACCCACAAGCAACUCCAGUCCGUUCUUGGAGGACUUGGUGAAGUCUAUGGCUACCAGUACCCUGCAAUUCCAGAAAGAGAUGAAGUCAACUGUCGACAAGCUACAAAGUCAGAUUAGCCAAGUGUCAGAAGAGGUAAAACAGCUACAAGAAAGAGGAAAGUGGCCUGCGCAACUAGAGCAAAGCCCGAAGAACAUCAGUGCCAUAACUCUUCGCAGCGGAAAGGAAUUGGAAGGUCCACCUCCUAUCUCGAAGGGACAGAAUGAAGAUCAGAUUGAGAUGGAGAUUGAAAAAGAGGCCGAACUUCAUGAAAAGGUACCUUAUAACUCUGUUCCUCAUACUGAAGCUAAACCAACUCAUUUUCUUGAUAGGUUUAAAAGACCACAAAAGGUGAACAAACGAAAAGAGAUGAUGGAAAUCUUCAAGAAGGUGGAACUUAAUAUCCCGCUCAUGGAGGCUAUCAGCUAA